AUGACCCCUUGGGGUAUUGCUGCUGCUCCGGGAAUAUUUAUCUCUCGGCUUCUUCCAAACGGUCUCGCCGCUUCUACUAAUCUUCUCAACGUGAACGAUGAAAUCAUUGAAGUCAAUGGCAUUGAAUAUGCUGAACUUAAGCUUACUGAUAAUCUAUUAUUUGUUCAGGUAUCAGGUAAGACACUGGACCAAGUCACUGAUGUCAUGAUCGCCAACUCGGCUAAUCUAAUCCUGACUGUGAAACCAGCUUCCAGCGCACAUUUUCUGCGUUUGCCAUGUAUACCACCAAAUCCAUUUAGAAUGACACCAUACCCACCAGGAUAUUAUAGUCGGUGUGGAUAUAGUUCUCAUCGUGAUUACACUAUACCACCGAGUAUACCUCCAUGUUACUGUGCCCCUCAAAUGUCUCAAUCAUUAUGUGGACAUAGUAAUCUCUACCAAUAUGGCAUGGAGAAUCAACCCGAAAUUGACAGGCAAAACGGCGAUCUCUCAACCGUUUAA